AUGCAGUCUGCCUCGACCGUCCACAAACGUCCCACUUCCAUCGCCGAACCGCUGGAUCUAGAUGCGAUCAAACAGCAGGCCCUGGCUGCAGCCACUGCUGCCUUUGCUCGUGCGCAGGCUCAAAAUGCGGCAGACCGUAAUGCAAAACGCAGUGUCGAGCUGGCGAGAUCGAAGAGCAACGCCAGCCGCAAGUCUCUCACCUCCCAGGGCAGCCACUUUCCUCCUCGCGACUCGAGCUUCCGGUCUUUGCAGCGUCCGACGGCCGAGCAGACGAGAAGUGCUCAACGCCUGUCUCAAGCUUCAGCGGACUCUAUGGAACAGAACACAGAGCAAUUCCCGCCCUUCUAUCCUACUCCCAGCGUUCAUGGGUCGCUUUCCAUACCGCGAUAUCUAUCGACGCAGCCUUCGAUCACGUUCAGCGAAAAUGCUAGACCUAGUUCCCAACCGAAGUCCUUCAGGCAGAGUGCUUCAUCCUCAAUUACCUCGCAGCAGAUACGGAAGGCGCGUUCCAUGUACUACGCAAGCAGUGUUCAGACGGGAUCACCGAUUGCUCGGCCGCCGUCCAAGUAUCUUACAACACCACCUGUAGCAAGCAUCAGCCCGGUAUCAGAACCCUCGCCCAUACCUCUACCCUCUCGAACGAUUCGGCCGUCACCACUGGCAGGCCCGCGUAUGCCGGUCACAGUCGGACCUGACACUACGCUUGACAAAGUACGAGAUGAGUAUCUACAAGACUUUCAGCAGAAGGCGGUGAAGCACAAGCCGUCGAUGUUUCUAGCGCCCUUCAAGAAACGACAAGACAAAGGAAAUGAUAAGGGCAAGCGUGUCGCGUCGGAAGCGCAAUCGUUCUCUACGAAUUAUCAGCAAACACCCGACGAGUCGACGGUGGAUCUUGCUUUGAGCGACUUCGUGCCACCCCAGGGAAUCAAGGAAAAGAGAUCGUUUUCUGGCUCCCUCAAAAGCAAGAUCAAGAAGGUCUUUCGGCGCACGUCGGGCAAGUCGACCAUUCUUCCUGUUCAGCAGAUCGAUGCCAGCCGUGACUACUUCCAUACUGCGCACUACAGUCCACCCACUGCGAAAGAAGGACUCAGUAUUCCUCCGCCUAACGAAGAAACAUUGAAACGCAUUCGUGCUCGGACACCGUCACUUGAAGGCGCUUACCCCGCAUUUCUACGAUCUGGAUCCAGAAGCAACAGCACUGGAAGUGCACGGAGUAACCGGAGUCUUCACAGCGAAGCUAAUGCUGCGAACAUAUCAGCUUCUCGAGUUACAAGUUGGGGAACUACUACCACCAGCGACACGCUGACACAACGUGCCAUGAAGCGAAUGACCGUUAUCCAUGAGUCUAAAGAUAGCAUUGGGAGCGAGGCAGACCGUGCGGCAUCUACGGGUGCUUCGCGAAGGAAGUCUCUGCCUCUCCCACCUCUCGCUGCUUUCCGCGAUCCCAUGCCCAUGGAGAUCCUCACUGAAGAGUCACUUACGCCUGUCGAUCCCAAACGCGUCUUUUCUGCAUUGAUGAAAGAGAUAGGAUCGUCAAAAUCACAAAAGUCUUCAAGCCCCGCCAAACGAACACCAGGCGCAGAAAGCGAUGUUUUUGAGUCCAGUACUACCAAGCUGUUCUCUCAUACACGAGAGUUGCAUUCCAGUGGAAGUCGAAACCUUCGUAGCAGUAUCGAUCUAGAACAGCGACCACCAUCACGACGACCGGCCACGUCCCAAAGCACUCAGAGCAAGACCAGCACGAUCAGAUCUUUUGGACGGGCGAUCAGAUCCACCAUCCGCACAGUCACACCCAUCGGACAACACUCAUCACCUGAUCCAGGCCCUAUCAGUCGUGUGGAUGGCACGAAAGGAGUAAAUCGAAGAGAGGAAACGAUGCCUUCGGCAGGCAGCACGCCUGAGUCUGAUGAUACACAGACCGAUAGUGAUGGAGCUGAGCGCAAUUGUGCCGUUCAGAUGUUUACUCCAACGCCAUCGCAAAUCGAGAAGCGUGUAGAGAGAGCUAAAGACCGUUGGAAGACUCCUCUGGAUGGGGCAGAGCACGUCCAGUUCCCGCGUGAAACUGGCAGAACUUACGAUGUCGCAUCGUUUGUUCACCGGACUGAUGACUUCACGAAACCGGCUGUUCAAGAUGACAAAGAAGUUGCACCGGGCGCUCGUGGCAUGGCUGGUCAAUUCCCACGAAGACUGCCUGUUUCGCCUAGAGUAUCCGUAUCACCAGCUUCUCACACUGCCAUGACGCCAAUGUCUCCCAGCAUCUAUUCACGAAACACAGAUGGCGUCAGCAUCCUUCCUAAUGACAGUGUAAUGUCUUUCGGAGGGCCUGGUGAGGUUGAGCAAUCUCAGGAUGGCGGCUCAGCAGUCGUUUCAACUAGUCGGUCAAUAAGAAGCUACGUUGUGGGGACGCCUUCUCCCCAUCGUCGCGAACCUACUCGGACUAGUCGUGACUGGAGGGCUUGGUUGUCGCAUGAGAUCUCUGGUAUGGAGCUUACCAGUCAAGAAGAUUUAAGAAUUCAUGAUCGGUAUACCACUCCAUCAAAGAAAGUCAGACCAGAUUCGAGCCGUACAUCGCACACAGAACACGAAGACACGACGGUGGUUCUUAGGGGAUCGCUCGAUAUCUCCACGCCGCGACCGCGUGCCGAGGAUACAAAUGAUAACACUGGAGUGACUGUUACUCGCGCAGAAGAUCUCAAGCGUCGCGAUGACGAUGAUGCACGUGCUGCGACGUUAGAUGCGGAGAAUUCUUCGUCGCACACCAGCACACGCGACGGCAAUCAGACCCUACUUCGACAGAUUGGUGAUACUAAGAAGCUCAUCAAAUACUCUCAGCCCGAAUCAAGGUCUCUUUCGAACAGGCAGCAUCUACUGUCAACACCCGAAGGCCACGCAUCUAGAUCGCGUCCGGCUUUUGAAACGCCAGAAUUGCCUUCAAGAAAUGACCGGUUCUCGUUUCCUGAUACUGGUCGACGCUCCAGUAGUAACGUCCUUGGAUCGGCCACCGAGUCAAAUCUGCCAGGCAAACCCCAAUCCUCGCCCAAGUCCACACCUGAUCCCAAAGCUACCACCAAUACAUACGCCCCAGCCACGAACGAAACUACACAGCGCGUACCUAUCACUAACCUAAAGAGGAGCCCCGCACGCAAGGAGAAUGUCACUCCUCCGUCCCUCCGCAGUCACGAAAGCUCCGCCAUCUCCCCGCUAGGUCUAUCAACGCGACCAAACUCCCAGCAACUACUGUGUACGCCCCGCCGCAACUCACCCAGCACCAACGUUCAUACCCUUGAAACACCAUCGGCAAAGAAGAAUACCAGCUCAGCAGAAAUAGUAACGCCCCUCCGUCCCCGUAUCCGCGCAACAUUACGGCCCAUGUCCCCUGAGAAACUCGCUCGUAGACCGCGAAGCGCCUUCGACCUCCGCGGCUCCAACAACACCGGUCGCCCGACUGUCAUAGACAUGGACAACUACUCUCCACUUCCUGGCUCAGAGCUCCGUCGUCCAGCACUAACACUGAAAACUUCGACCAGCUCAUUGGCCAUGAGUAAGGAACCGUAUCCCGAGACCAGAGUUUCUGUUGGGAGAGGAAUCGAGAGUGUGCUUGGUGGUGAAAGCCCUGGGAACGGAGGCAGGGAUGGCAAUGUAACACCAGGUCAGCGAAUGGCCGACAAAUUCUUAAGGCAGAGGAAGAGUGAGAAUGCUUUGUCGCCGGGUGGAAGUGCGGGAAAGCAGAGUCUGAGGGGCGGCCUGGUGUUGGUUAGGGAGGAUACGCCUGCGUUUUUGUGA